CCGGAAGUUGUCGACGGAUCCGGAAGCCGUGUCCACAGAGGAGAAUGGCUGGUCUGUUGAAGAAGACGACGGGCCUGGUCGGCCUGGCCGUGUCCCAGAAUCCACAUGAGCGUCUGAGGAUUCUGUACUCAAAGAUUCUGGCGUCCGUGCAGACCAUGCCACAGGACGCAGCCUACAGGAAGUACACGGAGCAGCUGGUCAGCGAGAGGUUCAACCACGUUAAAGCAGAGCCCGAUGUGGAGAAACUGGAGAAGAAGAUCAACUGUGGGCAGAUUGAAGAAGUCAUUUUCCAGGCGGAGUGUGAGCUGGCUCUGUCCAGGAAGAUGUCGGAGUGGAAGCCCUGGGAGCCGCUGAUCGAGGAGCCUCCUCCUAACCAGUGGAAAUGGCCCAUCUGAAUACACCCUGUGUAUACAUACUGUGUGUGUGUGUGUUUUCCGAACCCCUGCUUCCAAUGAAGUACUGUACAAAAUAAAAAUCCUUCAAUAUA